ACCUCCUUCACCACAAGGUCUAAGACUUUCCAAGUUCAGGAAGAAAGUAUCAGCUUCCCCAUUGACAGCCUGGUGCAAUGUAUCCAGUAGGACCAGUGUGAGUGAACUGGAGGCUUCUCUACAACAUGACCCAUAGGGACAAUGUGGGUCCCCUUGGCAGCCUGAAGUUUGUGACUCUCCUGGUGGCCCUAAUUCCAGAACUCCUAUUCCUGGGAGCUGGAGUGCAGCUUCAAGACAAUGGGUAUGAUGGACUACUCAUUGCAAUCAAUCCUCAGGUACCCGAAAAUCAGAACCUCAUCCCAAACAUUAAGGAAAUGAUAACUGAAGCUUCUUUUUACCUAUUCAAUGCUACGAAGAGAAGAGUGUUUUUCAGAAAUACAAAGAUUUUAAUACCUGCAACAUGGAGAGCUAAUAAUUACAGCAAAGUAAAACAAGAAUUAUAUGAAAAGGCAAACGUCAUAGUGACUGACUGGUAUGGGGCACAUGGAGAUGACCCAUACACACUACAAUACAGAGGGUGUGGAAAAGAGGGAAAAUAUAUUCAUUUCACAUCUAACUUUCUCCAAAAUGAUGACUUAACAGCUGGCUAUGGACCACGAGGUAGACUAUUUGUCCAUGAAUGGGCCCAUCUCCGUUGGGGUGUGUUUGAUGAAUACAACGAUGAGAAGCCUUUCUACAUAAAUGGGCAAAAUCAAAUUAAAGUAACAAGGUGUUCAUCUGACAUCACGGGCAUUUUUGUAUGUGAAAAAGGCCCCUGCCCCCAAGAAAACUGUAUUAUUAGUAAACUUUUCAAGGAAGGAUGUAUGUUUAUAUACAAUAGCACCCAAAAUGCAACUGCAUCAAUAAUGUUCAUGCAAAGUUUAUCUUCUGUGGUUGAAUUCUGUAAUGCAAGUACCCAUAACCAAGAAGCUCCAAACCUACAGAACCAAAUGUGCAGCCUCAGAAGUGCAUGGGAUGUAAUCACAGACUCUGCUGACUUUAAUCAUAGCUUUCCCAUAAAUGGGACUGAGCUUCCGCCUCCUCCCGUGUUCUCCCUUAUUCAGGCUGGUGACAAAGUGGUGUGUUUAGUCCUGGACGUGUCCAGUAAGAUGGCAGAGGCUGACAGACUCCUUCAACUGCAACAAGCAGCAGAAUUUUACUUGAUGCAGAUUGUUGAAAUUCAUACCUUUAUGGGCAUUGUCAGUUUCAACAGCAAAGGGGAGAUCAGAGCCCAGCUACACCAAAUUAACAGUGAUGAUGACCGAAAGCUGUUGGUUUCACAUCUGCCUAUGACUGUGUCAGCGGAAGCAGAAACCAGCAUUUGCUCAGGCCUUAAGAAAGGAUUUGAGGUGGUUGAAAAACUGAAUGGAAAAGCCUAUGGCUCUGUGAUGAUAUUAGUGACUAGUGGAGAUGAUGAGCAUAUGGGCAACUGCUUACUCACCGUGCUCAGCAGUGGUUCAACCAUUCAUUCCAUUGCCCUGGGUUCGUCUGUGGUCGAAAAUCUGGAGGAAUUAUCACGUCGUACAGGAGGUUUAAAGUUCUUUGUUCCAGAUAAAUCAAACUCCAACAGCAUGACCGAGGCUUUCAGUAGAAUUUCCUCUGGCACCGGAGACAUUUUUCAACAACGUAUUCAGCUUGAAAGUACCGGUGAAAAUGUUAAACCUCACCAUCAACUGAAAAACACCGUGACCGUGGAUAACAGUGUGGGCAAUGACACUAUCUUUCUAGUCACAUGGCAGACCAGUGGUCCCCCUGAGAUUGAAUUAUCUGAUCCUAAUGGAAGAAAAUACUAUGCAAAUAAUUUUACUACCAAUCCAGCUUUGCAGACUGCUCGCCUCUGUGUUCCAGGAACUGCUGAGCCUGGGCUCUGGACCUACACACUGAACAAUACCCACCAUUCUCUUCAAGCCUUGAAAGUGACAGUGACCUCUCGCGCCUCCAGCUCAGCCAUGCCCCCUGCUACUGUGGAAGCCUUUGUGGAAAGAGAUAGCACCCAUUUUCCCCAUCCUGUGAUGAUUUACGCAAAUGUGAGAAAGGGGCUUUAUCCCAUUCUUAAUGCCACCGUUACCGCUAUAAUUGAGCCAGAGGCUGCAGAUCCUGUCGCACUGGACCUCUUUGACAAUGGAGCAGGUGCUGAUAUCAUAAAAAAUGAUGGAAUUUACUCGAGGUAUUUUUUCUUCUUUGCUGUAAAUGGUAGAUAUAGCUUGAAAGUGCAUGUCAGUCACUCCCCCAGCGUAAGCAGCCUAGCCUACUCUAUUCCACGGAGUCGUGCUAUGUACGUACCAGGUUACAUAGCAAAUGGCAACAUUCAGAUGAAUGGCCCAAGAAAAUCAGUGGGCAGGAGUGAGGAGGAGCAAAAGUGGGGCUUUAGCCGAAUAAGUUCAGGAGGCUCCUUUUCCGUGCUGGGAGUUCCAGCCGGCCCCCAUCCUGAUGUGUUUCCACCAUGCAAAAUUACUGACCUGCAUGCUGUCAAAGUGGAAGAGAAGAUAAAUUUAUCUUGGACAGCACCUGGAGAAGACUAUGAUCAUGGCCAGGCUAACAGCUAUGAAAUAAGAAUCAGUCAAAGUUUACAGAAUAUUCAAGAUGACUUUAACAAUGCCAUUUUAGUGAAUACAUCAAAGCUAAAUCCUCAGCAAGCUGGCACCAAGGAGGUAUUUACAUUCUCACCAAAGCUUUUCACAAAUGGACCUGACCACCAACCUGAUGGAGAGACACAAGAAAGCCACAGAAUUUAUGUGGCAAUACGAGCAAUAGAUAAGAACUCCUUAAAGUCUGCUGUAUCUAACAUUGCCCACGCAUCUCUGUUUAUUCCCCCAAAUUCUGCUCCUAUACUUUCCAGAGACAAUCUUAUAUUGAAAGGAGUUUUGACAGCAGUGGGUUUGAUAGGAAUCAUUUGCCUCACUAUAGUUGUAACACACUGUAUUUUAAAUAGGAAAAAGAAAGCAGACAAGAAAAAGAAUGGAACAAAAUUAAUAUGA